ACGAUGUCACUGCGCUGUCCCGUCCCGGUAUGCUUACUUCCUUAGUUACCUUUUAGGUUUUAGACUUCUAAGCUUUAGCAGAUUAAUCUCGCCGCUAGCUCAUCGCGCUCUGCCUCGCCUCUCGCCUUUCACAUUCACCGGUGUUCCUCUCUUACUGGUUCUUGCUCAUCGUGCUCUGUCUCUCGCCUCUGCCCUUUCACAGUCACCGGCGUUGCUCUCUCACCGACUGGCCAAGCCAUUUAUCUCACCCCGCCGCCGCCCGAACCCAUACCGUCUCUGCUUUAGUGCUCUGGGAGACUGGUAGUGAGCAGAGUAGUGCUGAACGGCCUGAAAUUCCUUCCCACUUGUAAUUUUGGUGAAGUACCAUUCUUUUUUAUCCUAUUUACAUAUGCAAUUUGUUUUUAAUCGAUUAUUCUUUCCACCUGCAACUUUGUAUCAACUUACCCCAUUGCAGCUAUGAAGCCAUCAUGCUUUGAUUUUCUCUAAAGCUCUCGUCUUUAUUCAUUUGGGGCAUUUGGGAAAGAUGACUACUACGCAUACUCCUCAAGAAAACAUUCGGACAACUGAAGGAGAUCCUGAAACUGAGAAUCUGGCCAGAGCUAACGACUUGACACAAUCACUGUUGUCAGGUUCUCAACAAGGGUCCAGCGAAACCUACCAUUCAUUUAAUCAAGAACCGUGCCGAAAAGCACUUGCAAAAUUUUUGAUAUUGGAUGAAAUUCCUUUUCAAAUUGUGGAAAGUGAGGGUUUUAGAAAUCUAAGAGAGAGUUACAGCCUUACUUUCAAAUCCCCUCAAGAGCGAUGGUUAUUAGGGAUUGCUUGAAGUUGUAUUUUGAAGAAGCAAGAAAUUUGAAUAGGUAUUUUAAAAAAUUGAAGGUUCGUGUUUCCCUUACUAUAGAGACUUGGAUAUCCAACCAAGAUUCCAACUAUGUGUGCCUCACUGCGCACUGGAUUGAGGAGGAUUGGGCAUAUUAGAAGCGAAUCUUGAAUUUCUGUGUAGUUGAGAACCAUAGAGGUGAUACAAUUGCAAAAGAAAUUGAGAAAUGCUUAUCGUCUUGGAGCAUUGAUAAUGUAUUUACUAUCACAAUUGAUAAUGCUUCUUGGAACAAUGCUGCAAUAACAUCUUUGAAUAAGGUUUUGAAACAAUGGAAUGGUCUGGUAUGUGAUGGGGACUUUUUGCACUUGCGGUGUUUUGUAGAUUUUUCGAACUUGAUUGUUUGCGAUGGUAUGAAGGAUAUGCACAAGUGCAUUGAAAGCAUUUGGAAUGCCAUUAAAUGUGUUAGAUCUUCGCCGAUAAGGUUUUGUAAAUUCAAAGAGCUUGUGGAGCAAAUGAAAAUUGAUUCAAAGAGUCUGCUAAGCAUGGAUUGCUCAACUAGGUGGAAUUCAACUUACAUGAUGUUGGAGAAUGCCAUUAAAUUUAGCAGUGGUUUUGAAAGGAUGGAGCAAGAAGAUGAGGAUUACAUAAAUAGUUUCUUAGAGGAAAAAUUAAUUGGUCCUCCUAGUACUGUGGAUUGGAAAGAUGCAAAAGAUUUUGUUAGCUUUUUGGAGGUAUUCUACAGCUCCACUUUGCAAUUUUCAGGAUCACUUUCCGUGACCUCAAAUGUGUGUUUCCAACAUAUGGUUGAUGUGCUUGAUAAUCUAAAUGAAAGUGCAAAUGAUCACAAUUCUUUGAUGGGUAACAUGGCCAAGAGGAUGCAAAGCAAGUUCAAUGAGUAUUGGGGGAAGUUGGAAGACCUUAAUCCUUUGUUGCUGAUAGCAGUAGUACUUGACCCUCGGUUUAAAAUGAAAUAUUUGGAGUUUGCUUUCAAGGAUAUGUGUCUUGAUGCUGCACAACGUGGAGCCUUGUCAAGUAAAGUCUUAGAUGUUUUGUACCGUUUGUAUGAUCAUUAUUCAAGUUGUCUUGAUGCGUCUCAGAUUCAAAGUCACAGUCAAACGCAAGUAACAAGUGAAAGUAGUCGUUUAACUUUGUUUGGUUAUGUGACUCCAAUGGAAAGGUUUCUUGCUGAAAUUGAGACCAAGAAUCACACAAAUAAGUAUGCAGAGGUGGAAAAGUAUCUUAAAAUUGAGUUAGCUGAAGCACAUGACCCUAAUUUUGAUAUUUUGGCAUGGUGGAAACUGAAUGCUGCUAGGUACAAAGUUCUUUCAUUGAUUGCACGUGAUGUUUUGGCCAUGCCUAUCUCCACUGUGUCUUCAGAAUCUGCAUUUAGUAUGGGAGGUCGUGUCAUUGAUGAAUUCAAAAGAUCCCUAUCCCCAAAAAUGGUUGAGGCACUGAUUUGUGUAAAAAAUUGGUUAUCUCCAUUGACAUCAAAACUAAAAGGAUUUGAUAUUAAUAACUUCAAUGACACUGAGAAUGUGGUAGAUGGUAAUACCUAUUAUUUGUUUUAUUUGAUUCUUUUUUUUUUUUUUCCGGUUCAAGUUUAUCUAUUCAAUAGUAAUAAUUGUUCUUUUCGCUUUGUUUCCUGCAGAAGAAUUAGAAGCUUAUGUGUCAGAUGAAGAAUGAAGAACCGAAGAACUAGUAGAUGUUGAAUUUUUAAGUAAUGUUGCUUGUCACUUUGAUUGAACGAAUUGCGUCUUGGUUAUUUUGAUUUGGACUUGAUAUCUGGAUGAAUUGGGUUUUGUUGUGGUGGUAUUGUUUUAUAAUUAUGUACUCGUGAACUUAAUCGGGAAAUUGGGUUGCA